AGAGGAAGCACAUGGGACGGAGAUCUCAGACUCCAGCCAGCCGCCGCAGCGGCCGCAUCGCCCUCCACCGGUGACUCCGACGCUCGUAUCCACCGCAUGCAGGUAUGGAGGAGAACCAGAAAGAAAACGAACCCCAGUCGGAAGAGCAAGUCCUCAAGUGCGAAAAAUACAGCCUGCGACCGAGGUCGAUCCUGAACAGGAUCGAAACGCAAGAGCGCCGAAAGCAGCAAAAGCAGCAACAACAGCAACAAGAGCAAGAAGAGCCAAUUUCCCCCGUCAAACCCAAGCCCUCGAAGAAAUCCUCUUCGCGACAGAGGAGCCGGGCUCCACCGUUGAGCAAAUACCGUCGGAAGAACGCGAACGCGAGGGAACGUUUCCGGAUGAAGGAGAUCAACGACGGCUUCGAGGCCCUGCGACGAGCCAUCCCGCCGUUCCCGGCCCAAAAGACCGACCACAAGUUGACCAAAAUCACGAUCUUGAGGCUGGCCAUCAACUACAUCAACGCUCUGAGCGACGUCUUGGACUCGGAGGACCCCGGACCCGAGACCCCCACCCCCACCCCCCCCCAACCACCUCCAUGGACGCCUCAGUACCUCAAGACUCGGCGCCCAGUGCAGUCGCGGACUCGAACGAGGCUCCCUCAAAAUGCCUCGAAGACCUGCUGGCUUUCGACCAGAGUGACUUCUGUGCCAAUGAUCUCCUGAAUUUGAAAUGUUCCUUCCCCGACGUCCUCAGUGACCUGGGCUUCUCGGAUCCCCUGGACAUCCUCCUCGAGUCCGACGGCGAAAGCCUCAACUUCAGCUCCGAUUUCAGUGAUCAAAACACGCCGUGAAUUCUUUCCUCAGUGCCAUAGAGUCCUAUAGCAGAAAAGCAUGGCUUUCUGAUUCUUCUCUAUUUUUUUUGUAAUUUUCACAAAUGGAAGAACCCCGGUGUAUCCCCGGUAAGAUAUAGGUCUAUGUAUUAAGUAUUUCCGUACCGAUUAAAUGUCUCGUCCAAUAAAUUACACUCAUGAGAGUGCCAUAAUUUUGCAUUGGAUUUCAGUGCCAUAAUGACCCGUGAUGAGAAAUAGAAAGAAUGCAUUCUUCCCAUCAUCAUUGUGUUCAUGUCAUUAGGAGUUUUUUUUUUUUUUUU